AUGUCUGAGAAGAUUGGACCCGUUGGUGGUAACAAUGGAGUUGUAUUCGAUGAUGGUGUCUUCGAUGGUGUGAAGAAAAUAACUGUUGGAAAUGAUAUUGACUGUGUGUCUUAUAUCAAGAUCGAAUACGAAAAGGAUGGAGAAUUGGUAACUAUUGAGCAUGGGACAAUUCGCGGGGAGUUGAACGAAUUUGCUGUUGAUUACCCGAAAGAAUCUAUCACAUCCGUUGGUGGAAGCUACGAUGAUGUUAGCCGCUAUAACACAGUGCUGAUCACAUCGCUAAUCUUCAAAACUUCAUAUGGAAGAACUUCUCCAACGUUCGGUUACUCAUAUGGGGAAGAAUUCAUGCUCGAGGGUAAAAAUGGAGGAAAACUUAUUGGAUUCUACGGACGCUCUGGUCAGGCUAUUGAUGCCAUUGGUGCAUACUUUUCGCUAGUUCCUGAACCCGAAAAGACAGUUGUAGUGGGUGGUAACAUGGGAAGUGUAUUUGAUGAUGGUGUUUUCGAUGGCGUGAAGAAAAUAACUGUGGGAAAAGACAUUGAUUGUGUGUCUUAUAUCAAGAUCGAAUACGAAAAGGAUAGUAAAGUUGAAAUACGUGAGCACGGAACAAUUCGCGGGGUACUAGAAGAGAUUGAAGAAGUGGGUGGUAACAAUGGAGAUGCAUUUGACGAUGGUGUUUUCGACAAUGUCAAGAAAAUAACUGUGGGAAAAGACAUUGACUGUGUUUCUUAUAUCAAGAUCGAAUACGAAAAAGAUGGGGAAUUUGAAACCCGUGAACAUGGGACGAUUCGUGGAGAACUAAAAGAGUUUGAUGUGGACUAUCCAAAUGAAAACAUCAUAUCUGUUGGUGGAAGCUACGAUUAUGUUAAUCGCUAUAAGACAGUUCUGAUCCAAUCGUUGUUCUUCAAAACUUCUUUUGGAAGAACUUCUCCAAUAUUCGGUGCAAGUCCAAGUGGGACAGAAUUCAUGCUGGAGGGGACAAAUGGAGGAAAGCUUCUUGGAUUCCAUGGACGAUCUGGUCAGGCUAUUGAUGCCAUUGGUGCAUACUUUUGGCCAGUUCCAGCACCCAGAGCAGAAAAGAUUGAAGAAGUGGGCGGUAACAAUGGAGAUGCAUUUGACGAUGGUGUUUUCGACGGUGUCAAGAAAAUAACGGUGGGAAAAGACAUCGACUGUGUGUCUUAUAUCAAGAUCGAAUACGAGAAAGACGGGGAAUUUGAAACCCGUGAACAUGGGGCGAUUCGAGGAGAACUAAAUGAGUUUGAAGUGGCAUAUCCAAAUGAAAACAUCAUAUCUAUUGGUGGAAGCUACGAUUAUGUUAAUCGCUAUAAGACAGUUCUGAUCAAAUCGUUGUUCUUCAAAACUUCUUUUGGAAGUACUUCUCCAAUAUUUGGUGCAAGUCCAAGUGGGACAGAAUUCAUGCUAGAGGGGACAAAUGGAGGAAAGCUUAUUGGAUUCCAUGGACGCUCUGGUCAGGCUAUUGAUGCCAUUGGUGCAUACUUUUGGUCAAUUCCCGCACCCCAAAAGAUUGAAGCAGUGGGAGGAAACGGGGGAGUUGUCUUCGAUGAUGGUGUUUUCGAUGGUGUGAAGAAAAUAACUGUUGGAAAAGAUAUUGACUGUGUGUCUUAUAUCAAAAUCGAAUACGAAAAGGAUGGAGAAUUUGAAACGCUUGAGCAUGGGACGAUUCGCGGGGAACUGAAAGAGUUUGAUGUGGAUUAUCCGAAGGAAUGUAUCACAUCUGUUGGUGGAAGCUAUGAUCAUGUUAUCCGCUAUAACACGGUGUUGAUCAAAUCGCUAAUCUUCAAAACUUCUUAUGGAAGAACUUCCCCAACAUUCGGGGAGACGGAUUCGUCUGGAAAGCCAGUUGGAAAAGAAUUCAUCUUUGAGGGUAAAUAUGAAAAAAACCUUCUUGGGUUCUACGGACGCUCUGGUCAGGCAAUUGAUGCCAUUGGAGUUUACUUUGGAGCUGGAGGAAAUUAA